CACACACACACACACACACACACACACACACACACAGUGGAAGUCGAACUUCCACAUUCCUCUGGGAGGGAGGGAGACACACCCUCUCCUCUGAUCCGGAGGAGGAGAGCCUCGUCCUGACAGUUGAUGGGAUGCAGAGAGGAGAGACGCACCGCAGCCGCCGCUGUGUGAUGUUUGGAUCCCCGACCAGAGUCUCCGAGAGCAGCAGGAGCAGCCAAACACUGGACUCCUGAUCCCUAGUGACCCGCGUCGCCAUGCCAACUCCCAGGAUCCUCACAGCAACCGGGAGUCCUCAGAGAAGUUGUUAGGCUUACAAGCCCGUUUACAUCCGUGUGAGCCUACAGUGUGAAGUGGAUCUGAGAGAGAGAGAGAGAAAUGAUUUGCCAGCGAGGUGCCCUGCUCAUUUUCACGUUGCUGGUGCAAACGGGGCUUGUGGCUGGAUGUGUGUGUCCAGCCGCCACCAUGUUGUCCCAGUUUCCCUCUGAGGUUCCUGCUGACGCCUGCUGCUUGAACUACUCUGGCUCGGCCUUCAGCCACGUACACUGGUCUGUGUUUACCAACGAGUCAAACAUAGAGAUAUUGGAUCUCUCCUUCUGCAAUAUCACUUCUGUUCACAUGAGGGGCAAAGAGGCCUCCACACUGCAGCAGGUUUACCUACGUCAUAACAGAAUAACGACACUGCCAAAGGGGUUUCUGGCCCGACAGCCCGGCCUGACGGAGGUGGAUCUGAGCGGGAACCUGAUUCAGGCGCUGCCCGAGGGUUUUCUUCAGGACUCAGAUGGCCUCCAGAAGCUUUAUCUGCAGGGAAACCGGCUACGCUUCCUGCCGGGCUCUGUGUUGCAGAAGCCAAGUCUGCAAAGCCUGGAGCUGGAUGGAAACCCCUGGGACUGCUCCUGUUUGCAACUGGAAGGACUGGAGGAAGGCAGGAGGGUUAACAGAACUGCUGGGCUGCAGAACCUGGUGGGGAACAUGACCUGCAUCUCUCCCAGGCACCUGGCCGGCAGGACUGUGUUGUCGGUGCGGCUCAGCGAUGUGUGCCGCCCAGCCGGACUCACAGCCCUCUUCAUCGUGCUUCCUCUCAUCAUCCUCUCCGCCUUGGUGCUCUGCUGGUGCUGCGGGAGGAAGCGGAAGAAGAAAGAGACGCCCAUAAGCACCUCAAAAAAGAGAGCUUCAAGCUCCAGCUGCAAUGGCCAAAAGAAUCGCAAAAAGCAGCAACAAGUGGCCGCCGAGCAGAAGAAAGCUGGACACUGUGUCGACGAGGGGAUCCUGAAGAACCAGCUGCUGCUGCGCCCGGCGUCCACCCUCCUGGGCAGCACCAGAGACAUCUACGAAGAGGUGGAGAUCAAGCUGGGCUCGGUGGAGUCUAUUCCCAGAGUCUCCUCCCGCUGUUCCAGCUCCACAGAGGGGAGGCAGGGCUCCCAGGAGCCCAACGGGGCCAGCAAGGCCGAGCUGGACACAGUCAGCGUGACGGAAGUGAUGAAGGACUCAGCUGACAGGGAGAAGGCUUACCUGACCCAGUCGACUGAAUACUACAGCCUGGUGCCGGGCAUCGAGCUGGAGGACUCAGACCACGGCGAGUAUGAGAACGUCAACCUCUCGUGACACCAUCAUAAAGGAAGAGUUCAGUAUUUUGGGAUAUACGCUUUGUUUGUUUUUUGUUUUUUAAGAGAAUUAGAUGAGAAGAUCUUCAGCAAACUCACACUCUGGCUAUUGGCUACAAUGAUAAGUGACCACCUGACCUUUGUUAAAGGAAAGUUGUAAAUAUAUGGAGGCAAAUAUCCAUCUGCCUUCCAUUUUAGCUUAUUUACUCAAUGAAGGUUAACUAAUUAGAUUAACUGCAGAUUUGUUGAUGAGUUUCUGGCUGUUAAAAUACAAGAUAACUACACAAUAAUUAAUUGUUUCUUAUGUAUUUAUGAACAUUAAAUGGUAUAGUGAUACAUAAGUUACCAAACCAAGUUACACAAGGGCUUCAAGUGUGGACCUGGAGCCAGGAGGGCGUUUGACUGUCCUAUUGCCAACUGCCUUCCCCUCCACCUCACAAUGUGAAAGUUAAUAAGCAUUGCAUGUGAGCAUGAUAUGCCGAGUUUAGGUCAAUCUUGGACGCAUCUGUUCACAGGAACAUGAACAGGAAACAUUUUGUCCUGAUGACUAGGCUGGGUGCUUUGGAUUGAUGGGAGAAAGAGAUUUUCAGGCCUGAGGCUAGCUGGUUAGCAUGCUAACUCCAGUAGGUAUCUCUGCAACCCAAUGCUGAGCAAUGCAAAACUGCUAUUUCUUUACAUUCUGUGGAUGAUCUUAGUUUGUUUGUUUUUUUUAAAUGUGCAAACAAAAAUCAGAAAAGAUUGCACCUUUAAGUUAUCAAUGCAUUUUUAUGGGGCAGUCAGCCUAGCCUAGCUUAGCUUAACUUAGCUGUGCUAUCUUCUCAUCUAACUCUCGGAAAGAAAGUGAACCAGCGUAUUUCCCAAAAUGUCAGAUUGUUCCUUUAAAACAAGAAAGACAGUGUGUGUGUGUGUGUGUGUGUGUGUGUGUGUGUGUGUGUGUGUGUGAGUGUGAGUGUUACAGAAAAAGUGAGUUAUCUAUUGACGCAGAGACAGCCUGGUCCGACCACUGUGGUAUCACAAUGUAAGAGGAAGUGAUUUAAUCCGGAGCUUUUCCUGUGGGACCUGCCUGAAGAACGCAGUGACGGUGUGAAAGGGAGGCCCCCUGUUUUCUCUCUGGAAAAAAAAUAUAGUGAUCUCAAAGACACCAAGACAUAAAGUCAUUUAUUCUUUUUUAAUAUUACAGUCCACUCUUCAUGUUGUCAUCAGACAUGUGAGAAAGAACAGGACAUGUUUUUAAUCACUGUGCUUACAUAGGUCAAGCAAGCUUGUACUCCUUUACCUCACCCAAGUGUAAUUGUUAAAUGCAUUCCAGUUUGACAUAUAAUGCUGCACGCAGGAUGUUCAAACUCCUUCACCUCAAGCUGCACAUCCAGAAAUGUAGGUGCUGAACAAUGACUAAUCCCAUUGCAAUGCUCACAGUUAAUUCAAUGUGAAUUGUGGAAUGUAAAGCUUAGACGUGAAGUCUAAAUUUAUAAAUGUCAUUGUUAAAGAAGGAACGCUAAAGAGGACGCUUGCUCAUGCUUUGAACCACUUACUAAAGUGUGCAUAAAGGUUGGAAAAUGUCUGGCUUGUCAGAUCUAAAUGCAGGCGAAUGCUGGUUUAAGAUUAAGAUCUCUGUAGUGCCGGUUCAGUAAACUGAGAUGCAGAGCGCUGAAACCCAACAUGACGACACUGGAGAGGACAUCACCUACACAAAAGACGGCGCUGAACAUCAGGGUCAUCACGGAGGCGCAGGAUGCAAACACUCGAUCGUUAUCGAAGAUGUGGGAAAAAUGGGCAGACGUCACGCUCUCACACAUGCUGGUUUUGAAUGCUAAUUGGUUUAUGUUCAGUUAGAGAGAGACACAGAGAGAAAGAGAGAGAGUGGGUGCAGCGAAGGGUGUGGGACUUCCUGGAAUUUAAAAAACUGUGGUGUAUUUUCCAGACGGCUUUUCACAUAUUUUCCAUCAAAGCUUUGUUUAUCGAGAUUGUGCGGUUGACUGCAUUCAAAAUGCAAAAAAAGCCCGACAGACAAAUGAGUAAAUGUUGCAUUUUGUAAUUUUGUACAGUUUCUUCACAGAGAAACAACAUCAUGUUUUCAUGUCUUCUUUUUUCCCCCUUUCUUUUAGGCAAACAUUUUACCUGUGGGUAGCUUUAUUUGAUGAUUAGCUUAUUGUUACUAUGCCUGUCAGAUUUCAGACACAUUAACAGUUUACACGUUAAUUGUGGCAAUAGUUAAUUCAGAUUUUUAAACAACUGGUUGACAAGCCCGGCAGCUUUUUCUCUAGCUGGCAACCAUAGAUUUUAGACUUUAUCAGCUUUAGCUAUCUAGGUUAGCUAAUAAAGCUAACAAUAGCUCCUUUACUUGACUGAAAACACUCUCAGGCUGACCUUUUAAUGUUUCAAGCUGAGUUUUUAAAAUGAGAAUCAGGAAAAUGGGUCUUGAAUAUGCACUUGAUAAUAAUAAUAAUGCAAAAGAAGAUGCUAUAGCUCAAAAUGUCAAAGGUCAACUUUAGCUUAAACACGUGUCCACAUUUUCAAACAGUAUGUUUCCACUUUUACAAGCACAAGAGAAAAGUUUUUUAGGAUGAGGACAAACUAAUAUUUUUGGCAAACAUUACAUCUCAGGUUAUGUUCCAAAAAAAACCCAUAAAAGAACAGGACAGUGCAGCUAACAUUAGCUUAGAGCUUUGGUUAUUGACCAGGUCAAAAGUGUUACUUCUUCACAUUCUAUUGAUAAUCUACUCAAAUUCAUAGACAUAUUUCACAGCUUCUCACCCCAAAUUGAAUUCCUGGCAGCAACAGAAAAUGUUUUAUACAUAAAGAAAGCCUAUGUUUGACAUUUAAUGGAAGACAGAAAAUAUGAAAAAUCCAAAUCAUUCAAAAUAAGACUGUGUGUGGUUUAUGGUCGAUAUACUCUGAGAGGAUCUGACCUCAGUAUUUCUAACAUCCUGGUUACAGCUGUGAUUGUGCAAUUUGAAGUGAAUUUAGGCCUUGUGGAGUGUUUGAUGGCUUUCUAUCUUAUCACAAAUGAAAAAAAAAAACUGCUGCAUUUACUAAAUAAAGUAUCAUAAAUAAUCACUGCUGAAACAAAAUGAGUAUACUGAUGUGAUACUUUUAAAGAAAGCACUGAUUUUCAUCAAAUGUUUGUUGUGGCAGACGCACUAUCUUGAUUGUUUUUACAUGCAAAAUGUUUGAAUAUUGUGGAAAUAAAUAUUGUUUUUUUCAUGA